CGGGUAGAGAGCGGAUAUAGUGAAUGCGGGUCCGGGGAGAGCGGAUAUAGUGAAUGCGGGGUCCGGGGGAGAGCGGAUAUAGUGAAUGCGGGGUCCGGGGAGAGCGGAUAUAGUGAAUGCAGGGUCCGGGGAGAGCGGAUAUAGUGAAUGCAGGGUCCGGGGAGAGCGGAUAUAGUGAAUGCAGGGUCCGGGGAGAGCGGAUAUAGUGAAUGCAGGGUCCGGGGAGAGCGGAUAUAGUGAAUGCAGGGUCCGGGGAGAGCGGAUAUAGUGAAUGCAGGGUCCGGGGAGAGCGGAUAUAGGUCUGGGGAGAGCGAUAUAGUGAAUGCAGGGUCUA